AUGGCCGCGCCGGGACCCCGCGCCCUGUGGGCUGCGCUCUGCGGCGGCUGCUGUUGCCUCCUCCUGUGCGCCCAGCUCGCGGCGGCUGGUAAAGGAGCCCGAGGCUUUGGGCGGGGAGCCCUGCUCCGCAUGAACAUCUGGCCAGCUGUCCAAGGGGCCUGCAAACAUCUGAAACUCUGUGAGCAUUGUGUGGAGGGGGACAGAGCACGCAAUCUCACUGGCUGUGUGUGGGAGCAAUGUCAGCCAGAUGAACCAGGACACUGUGUGACCCAGGCUGAGGUGGCCAAGGAAGGUUGCUCUGUCUACAACCACUCAGAGUCCUGUCCAGCUGCCCACCACCACCCCACACAUGAACCCAAGACAGUCACAACUGGGGGCCCCCUAGUUCCUGAAGCCCACAGCCCUGGUUUUGAUGGGGCCAGCUUCAUUGGGGGUGUGGUGCUGGUGCUGAGCCUGCAGGCAGUGGCCUUCUUUAUGCUGCGCUUCCUCAAGGCCAAGGACAGCACCUACCAGACACUGUGA